AUGAUGAGUUUAAAACAAAUUAUCAGUUUAUUAAUUAUAAUUUUAUAUUUUGCCAGUAAAUCGAGUUGUUUGGAAAUAUAUAGUUAUUCACAAAAUAAAUUAGAUAUAACUAUAAAUGGAGAUGGAUUUACAGAAUUUUCAAAAGUUUAUUUUCUAGUGGAAAAUGGUGAAUCACCAUUAAUUGUUGAACAAAGUUAUUUAUUCAAUGAUUCAAAAAUUAUUAUUGUAACAAUACCACAAACUUUAACAAAUUGUAAUUUCACAGUUGUAAAUAAAAGAUUUACAAUAAUAGAAGAAUCAAAUAAACUUUUUCUUGAAAUUGAUAUGACACCAAUAAUAAUAAAUGCACAAACUAGUAUAUCAAAAACAACAACAAUCAAUGAAACAAUAUUAACAAUUUACUAUUUUGGUAAUUAUUUAUGGCAACCAUUUAAUAAUAUAAAUUAUAAUAUUACAAUUAGUAUUGAUAAUGGUAUUACAUUUAUUGAUUGCUUAAAUAUAAGUCAAGUUUUAAAUUUAACCAAUCAAUAUAUUCAAUGUAAAAUUUUAAUACCAACACCAACACCAUCACCAAUUGAUGAUGAUGAUAUGAUAAUAAGAAAUGAAAUUUUAUCAAAUAUAAAAAUUGGAAAUUAUGAAAUCAUUCAAUUUAAAUUCAACCAAUCAAUACCACAUUUAGUUCAAAUUACACAAGUAUUUCAAAUGUAUUUUAAAAUUGAGGGUAAAGGAUUAUCAAAUCCAAUUAAAUUAUUAAAUGAACCAAUUUCAAUUUAUUGGGUUAAAGAAUCAGAUUAUAAUAAUAAUGAAAUUGAUAUUGCAUUAGAUUGUGAUAUUGAUGAUAAUAUUGAAUAUAAUUUAAUUUUUUGUAGAUUUAAUAAUAAAUUAUUAUUAGAAUUAACGUUAAAUGAAACAGUAUUUAUUAGAGUUAAAGAGUAUGGUAUUAUAUCAAAUGAAUUAACUUUAAAUAUUAAACCAAUUAUUAAUAUUGGUAUUGAAAGUGAAAAUAAAAUUGAAAUUUAUCCAAUUGGUGAUCAAAAUAUAACUAUUAAGGGUUAUUAUUUUAUUGAUAAUAAUAAUGAAGAAGGAAUAGCAACAACAAAUUUAUCAAUUUUAAAUUAUAUAUCAUCAAAACAAACUUUUUGUGAAAAUGCAAAAUUAAUAAAUAAAACUGAAAUCACUUGUACAUUACCAUCAGAUUUUUCAAUGGAUUUCACAGUUUUAAAAAUAACUAUUAAUGGUAUAUCUUCUGAUGAAAUUUCACCAUUUCAAUAUUUAAUACCAAAAAUUGAAAGUUCAAAUUAUAUUAAUAGUAGUGAUGGUGUUGUUUCAAGUAUAAUAAUUAAUGGUGAUAAUUUAAUAAAAGAUGCAACUGUAAAAUUUUCAAAUACAAUUUUAAUAUGUGAGAAUGUAAUUAAAGGUUAUUCAAUUAAAUGUUAUUUCCCAACAACAAUUAAUAAUGAUAAUACAUUUUUGACAUGUGGCCAAAUUAUUUAUAGUGAUAGAAAAUAUAGUUUAGUUUAUCAAUAUUAUGCAGCGGAAAUUUAUUCAUUAAAUUUUAAAUCUGAUGAAAAUGAAGAUGAUGAAAAUUUUAAUACUUGUGAUGAUAAUUUAUCAAAAAAUUAUUUAAUAAUUAAUGCAACACUUAGAUGUGAAGCAAUAACACCAGAUCAAUAUAUGAAUAGUAAUAUUUAUAUUGAUGCUGAUAAUUAUUCACAAUCAUCAUUAUUAGAAUUUAAAAAUGGUUUAUUUUAUUUUAUAUUUCCAAAUUGUAAAAUACCACAAAAGAAUGAUGAAUUUUAUUUUUCAUUUAAAUUUAAAGAAACAGGUUUAGCAUUAUAUAAAUAUAGAAUUAUUGAACCAACUAUUAAAACUAUAUCAGUAGAAAAUGAAUCUGCUGGGGGUGGUGGUAGUGGUAAAUUAAUAAUUGAUGGUUUCAAUUUAAGUAAAACAACUAAAUUUAAAUUCAAUUCAAUUCAAUUAAAAUGUGAUAGUGAAACAAUUUGUUAUUUACCAAAUAGUGAAGAAUGUAUUAAAAUCAAUGGAAAUGAUACGAGUUGUGGUAGAGAUGAUUGUGGAUAUAUUGAUUAUUAUGGUUCGUUUUAUAGUGGUAGAAUAAUGUAUUUCAUUAGACCAUUGGUUAAAUUUUUAAAAGUUGAUGGAAAAUUAAUAGAGGUGGAAGUAGAAACAAUGCAAUGUACUUUAAAAGGUAAAGAAUUUUAUGAAAAUAGUACAGGUAUAAUAACAGAUGUUAUCAAUGAUACAAGUGAACGUUAUCCAUUAUUAAGUUUUGAUAGUAAUAAUAAUAAUAAUAAUAAUAAUAAUAUUUUAAAUUUUAAAUUUCAAUUUAAUUCAAAACCUUUACAAAGUAAUGGUAUUUUUAAUAUUUAUUUUACAUUUUUUAAUGUAAAAUCAAAUAAUAGUUAUUUUAUAAAUUUACCAAAUCAAAUAAUUCAAAAUAUUAAUUUUAUUAAUAAUCAAUUUUUAAUUACUGGUUUAAAUUUAUCAUUAUCAUCAAAUAUUACUUAUUUAAAUAAUAAAUUAAAUUGUAUAAAUAGUAUUAAUAAUUAUAAUAAUAAUGAUGAUGAUGAUGAUGAUGAUGAUAAUAAUGAAAAUAUAAUUUAUACAAAUACAAUGAUAUGCAAUAAUAGUAAUUUAAAUGAAAUUGUAAUUAAUAAAUGUGAUUUAAUUAAUUAUGUUGGUGAUAUAUUUACAAAUGUUAAUUAUAGAUUCUUGGUUAAACCAAUAAUUUAUGAUGUUAGAAUUGGUAAAGAAAAUUUUCAAGAUGAAAAUGGAAAUUUUGAAAAUAAUUUUUAUAUUUCAAAAAUUUAUAUAAAUGGUUCAUUAAAUUGUAAUGAAAUUUCAAUUGAUUCAUAUUCAUCAUUAAAUUUAUUAUCAAAAUUAGAUGGUACUUCAAUACCAUUUAGUCAUUUUCUUUUAUCAACAUCAUCAUCAAUAAAUAAUUUUGAAAAAAAUGGUUUAUUUAUUUUUAAUUUUAUUGAAAGGAAAAUAAGAAUAAAUAAAUCAACAUAUAAAUUAUCAUUUUCUUUUGGUGGUUUUGGUGGUAUUUCUUCAAAUGAAAUUAUAAUUAAUGAAAAUCAAUUCAUUGAUGAAACUGAUUAUUCAAAAAAUAAUAAUCAAUUAAAUUUAACAAUAACAAAUUCAUUAAAUAAUAAUAUUAAUUUAAUAUUUAUUUUAAUUUUAAUUGUAUUACUAUUUUAA